UGACAAGAUGACAACAGAAACUGAAAUGAGAAUUUAAAGAUUUUUUUAUAGAGUAUAAUGUGCGAUAGAGACACACAGAGACUCUGCUUUAUGCUUUAUCACACUGUGGGUACAUUACAUAACAUAAAUUGAAUUCCACCAUCUUUUCACAAUAUAAUGUUGCACAUUACACUACAAUAAAGUUGCCAGUUGCAUAUGUCUCACCUCAUCCUACAGCAAUUGCUUAACAUUUAGAUCAGCAUAUGAAGCAUUUAUUGAGCUGACAAAUACUUUUUGUAAGUGAGUUUGCAGCACAUGCUCUUACUGUAUUUGCCAUAUUGACAACGUUUAGGCUACACAUUAGUUAAACAUGCUCAAUAGGCAUAAUAAGCAUGCAGGAAGGAAGCUGUGGAGAACAGAGGAAGCAAAAGGCCACGUCUGUAAUGUACAAAAAGGAGAGACCUGCCAUUACAAAAUAAAAACAACAUGGGAUUGGAGAUAUAGAUCUGCCGUUUACAGAACAAGGUUACAGAUCUGGACUUCUUUUGGAACAUUUUUAAAACAGUUUGAAACUGAGUUAUAUUUAUGUUUAUUAAUUAGAUGUUGCCGUUUUCCUUCAAUCAAGUCAAACACACGAAAACAAAUUCCACUGAUAGACGAUACAGUAAUAUACAAUAAAACAUGCACUUUUAGCCUCUUGUGUACGACAUGCCAGCAUCUCAAAAGUGUCAAACUAAGUCAUUGUUAUAAAAACCUUUUUAACACUGAAACAAUCUGAAAAAUAAGGUUCUAUAAAGUACAGUAAUACCGAUGGAAUUACACAUUUCAGAUUGUAUGGGUAUGACAGUGCAGAGCACGUGAACCAGAUGUUGAAUCCAGCUCCUGUCAACACCAGCAAGUGUUGGAUUCAUGUUAGCAGCUGCUGCAGCUCAGGAAGCAUUAUUCUCAUUGAGCUCCGGGGGAAACUAUUUGGGAUAGUGUUGAAAUUUUUACCUGUUCCUCCAGAUUGAAUAAAAAUAACAUUCAGUGAAACAUUAAAAAUAACAUGUAGUCUGACGGACUGAACCUGUCCUCAGAAUUUGGUGUGUCUCUCUCUGUGUAUGUUUCCUGUACAGAAACACAUAAAGUAUUAAUAUUCCACUUUUUUGUUUUCUUAACUACAAACUAACCAUGAAGAUCAGAGCACAGAUGGACCUGAACUGCCUCAUGUUUCUUCUGGUGCUGUGCUCCCUCAAUCAGCUGCUGGUGGCGGUGGCAGGCCCCGAAGACGAGUACCAGACACAUGUCCAUCAGGGUGAGCAUCAGUCCACACGGAACAAAAUCACCACCGCCCAGUAUGAAUGUUUCCAGAGGAUCAUGAAAGAGUCACAGCGUCCAUCAAAAACUAUAGGGCCAAUGUGCAACACAACAUGGGAUGGAUGGCUGUGUUGGGAUGCAACUGAAGCUGGCCUCAUGAACCAGAACUGUCCAGACUACUAUGAUGACUUUGACACUUCUGCGGUGGCAUCCAAGGUCUGCACAGAGACCGGCGAGUGGGGACGCCACCCGGAGAGCAACAGAACCUGGACGAACUUCACAAACUGCAACGUCGACGAUGCACAUCACAGGAAGGCAGUCAUGACUCACUUCUACUUGGUUAUGAUUGGUCAAGGACUGUCUCUGGUGUCUUUGCUCAUAUCAUUGGGAAUAUUCUUCUAUUUUAAGAGCCUGAGCUGCCAGAGAAUAACGCUCCAUAAAAACCUCUUUUUCUCAUUCGUGCUGAACUCAGUCAUCACCGUCAUCUGGCUGAAAAAACAGGAACACAUGGACAACGAUACCGUAAGCUGUAAGCUUGUCAUGUUCGUCCACAUGUAUUUGAUGAGCUGUAACUACUUCUGGAUGCUGUGUGAGGGAAUCUACCUGCACACUCUCAUUGUUGUGGCUGUGUUUGCAGAAAAACAACAUCUCAUAUGGUAUUACCUGCUUGGGUGGGGUUUCCCACUGGUGCCGUCGGUGAUACAUUCGAUAGCACGCCACUUCUACUACAAUGACAAAUGUUGGGUCAGCUCAGAUACUUCCUUGCUGUACAUUAUCCACGGCCCCAUCUGCGCUGCACUGGUGGUGAACCUUUUCUUCCUGCUGAACAUCGUUCGGGUUCUCAUCACCAAGCUGAGAGUGACGCACCAGGCCGAGUCCAGCCUCUACAUGAGGGCUGUGAGAGCCACCCUCAUCCUCAUCCCGCUGCUCGGCAUCCAGUUCGUCCUGGUCCCCUACAGGCCCCACGAACACUGGGCCUCCGAGAUCUACCUGUACAUCAUGAACAUCCUCAUGCAUUACCAGGGUCUCUUGGUUUCUACAAUAUUCUGCUUCUUCAACGGGGAGGUCCAGAGUGUUCUGAGGAGACACUGGAACCAGCAGCGGAUGCAGCUCGCCGGCACGUUCGCCAACGCCGACUUCUUCCGCUCGGCCUCCUACGUGGCAUCAUCGCUCACAGAGGUCCACCGCUGCUACAGUAUAGAAAGCCACACCGAGCACAUGAAUGGCAAGAGCUACCCGGACAUAUUCAGAUCGGAUAGUCCUUUUGUGUGAGGGUGGCCCCUCGGGAACUUAAGGCACUGCCCUUCUUUUUUUUUUUUUUUUUACAUUUUCUUUUGUUACCAAGAGUGAUGUUUGCUACUGUUAAUGACACCUCCGUAGCUUCAUACCUUUGACAUUUUUCGAUCUCCCAGCCAAACAAAAACACGCAAACAUUCACACUCGCAUUUCAUUACUUUUACCAAAACAGAAGGAGCUUGAGACCAAAAAAAUCCCACGAAUAUUCAAAGGGGACUGUCGACAGACAUGAAGAAGAAUCAACUAGUCUCAAUAUUUGGCAUUAAUACAAGGAAUUGAUGCAAUUUUUAAUUUUUUUGCAUCGUGUGGAAUAAACCUGAAGAGCUCUCUGUGAGCGAGACGCUGUUCUAAUGAGCUGACGGUUGAGAUCUUUCAAAGAGGGAAGUUGUGAUUGUCUGGGCACAUAACUCUGUAGCAGUUUCUGCCACGUCACGCCUUCAAGAAGGGAACGGAACAAAGCACAAUGAUUUCUGUGGGUAGUAGUGAUUAGUACUACACCAAGUGGACAUGGAAAUCUAAAAAACAAACAAGUAAAAGUACAAUUACAGACAUGAAAAUAAGAAAUAAACAGCCAGCUCGCUGUGCUAAACGGCCUUUCUGCUUCUUCGCCACUUCUGAAUUGACUCUUCUAUUUAUGUGUAAUAUCCUCUUUGCUAAAUGAAACAAAUAAUAAGGUUCACAGUACAAUGUUGUCAGAAACAUACGCUUACAUUGCGUGGCUUAGCAGCAGCAACAGUACCUUCUAAGUCAAUGUUGUGCUAGGCGUCGCUGUUUUUCACGUCAUAUCUGAUAAUUCCAAAAUGCUGGAGAGGCGACUGAGAGAGGGGAACAGGGAGCGAGGAGAGCAUGAGUUUGUACAUAUAUUUGAUUGUGUGUGAGCGUGACACAUGUCAAGGCACAAACUAUGAAUUACUACAUUGUAUUUAGACUGCCAUUAGUGUACUUUGUAUAUUUUUUACCAGUCAGUCAGGAGCAUAUCACUGUAAGCCAUGUAGUCAAGCCCCAUAAACCACAGCUGGUUUGAUUAUAAAGUGUGAAGAGCAGAGAUUUCAUGUCACAUGUUUUAGAUGAAUCUUCAGCAGGAACUGACUUAUAUUAAUUCACUGUCUGUCACCUCCAGUUAGAGAUGAGAAGUAUAUUUCCUGAUGAGUGAAGAGCUGCUGGUUUCAGCCUUCAGAUACAGGAAUUACAGGCCAAUCUCUCCUGCAGCGCUGAUAACUUAUUGUAAUGUUAUAAAUCACUUAAAAGAAUUAAUUUGACAAUUUAGGAAACAUGCUUAUUUGCAUUCUUGUGGAGAGUUAGAUGAGGAGAUUGCAAGACAGCGAGUUAGCAUUAUUAAUUAUCAUUAUAAACAUAUAAUGGAAUCACGGAAUAUUUACGAGACUGGAUGAUUACAUGGUUUUACAGUGAUUUCUGCACUCUUGAUAUCACAGGUGUUGUAAUUAGCAAUUAAAGAAACCUCAGAUACAACCCGGAUGUGCUCAGUAGUGGGUACACAGUCAGAUAUUUACUGUAUGUUACACUGGACAUAGCUAAAUACUGUGUGUGUCACUUUGUCUCGGCUCUAAUGUCGGUUUGGUGUCAUUCGUUUCUUUAAGCGAGAGCUGGGUCCUAGGCCCGAGUCUGGCCAGCAUCUGGCCUGAUUCUGGCAGCCGGCGAGAUUAUCUGCCGCAUGCGUACCGAAAUCGGCCCAGAUGUAGAAGCGACAUCUCACAUCUGACAAAUAUAUAUAUAAUGUAUGUGCUAAAAUGUUAUAAAAUUCAAGGUUCACUUAAUAGCUUUCUCUCGAGCUUUCAAGCUUAUUCUACGGCCUUUUUCAGCGAAUGGAACUAAAAUAUUUAAAUAUUUUAUCACAGAUGAACCUUGAUGUUAAAAAACAUGUAUAGUUUCCCAAGGUUGGGGCUCAUUCUCAUUUUUGUACCAUAGUUUUGUCAUAAAAUUCAGUUGAUGCUGAAGUAAUAAUUCUGUAAAUAAAAGAUAAGGUGUUUAAACUGA